AUGCCCCUCAAAUCCACCUUCACCAUCUCCCCAGUCCCCGCAACCCAAGAAGCCAGCCGCCACCUCAACUCUAUCGAACGCUCCGCCAUCCACCAAAGCAACGACACCUCCUUCGUCCGCCUGAUGUGGAACAAUUCACCCCCCGACGAGAACGAAGACGCCGAAUUCAUGCUGCAAACAGGCUUGCUUGGACAGUUCAGCCAGGUGGAGUUGGAUCCCGAUCCUGACCCCCUGGAGGACCCCGACCGAUGCCAUGAACACACAGGCCUAAGGGCAUUGGGGAUAGACGCUGAAGACGCUGGGUAG